AUGUCGAGGGAAACAGCUGCCUUAGAAGGGAGGAAUACAAAAAUAGCUGUAGUAUUGAUACAAAAGGAAGCCCCUCCACCUCCUGGUACUGAAGAUAUGGUAGCUACAGAGCGAGCAACUGCACUUUGUGCUGCAUGCGAGUUACCAGCAAAAACUCUUUAUUUUUUACCUUAUGCAGACCAUUUAUUAGGCUACACAUUUAGAUUAGAGCAUAUUUUAUACAACUUAGCCCAAAGUUUUUAUCAUCAAGAAUAUCGAAUAGUAAAGAGUCAUAGAGAACAAUUAAACAAAACUGCCCAUCGAUACUUAUUUGCAAGACAUCAAUUCAAAAUGGCUUUCUGAAGAUUGAAGCAAUAUAUUGUAAACCAAAUUUAAUGUCAAAACUAUGUUCAAUUAAUUAUAAACUAUAUGCUGGACAAAAUUAGUUAUUUUAAAAUAAAAUACGUAUGAUCCGUCUUUCAGUUUGAAGCUAUUAAUCGCUUACUUAUACAAUGAAGAACAUAAUCAUACAAUCAUUGCUUUUCAUUUGGAAAUGUGCGUUAUUUUUUAUUCUCCUUUCCUUUUUUGAGACAGUGGUAGACCUUUUUUUUAAUCAGAAACUAAUUUAUUAUAAUAUAUUCUCUUACAAAAUUUUAUAAUUUUAUUUGAAAAAAGAAUUUUAUAAUUUAUUGCCAUACAACUCAAAUUUAAACAUUUUUAUAGGUUAAAUUUUGAGCAGGUGUGUUCCUUCGUUUCAACUGCAGUCUGCUACAGUGGAUUGGCAGUACUGCCCAAAACGUUAUGUUCUACGUAAACCCUAACGUAUACGCUCAAUUGUGGACGCAGCCUCAAACGCUCCCCGGGAUUACGCUUGGUCAUCCCUAUUUGAAC